AUGGAAUUUGAGGGUCGAGAAAGAUCAGAUGUUGAGAGUGGUGGUGGGCUCUAUUCGCUUCAUCUGCAAGCCGCCGUUGUUGUUCUUCUCAUCCUCGUACACGUAGGCGAAGCCACCGUGUCGGGUCAGAUCCAUACCCGCGAGCUCGUCGUCCUCCGAGAUCCGGAGGAGUUUCAGCUUCCUAAGGAUGUAGAAGAGUGGGCCCAUCGUAGCCGAUACCCACCCGAUAAUCACCAAGAUCUGGAUCACGUGGGCCGCCAGCAGUCGCCCCCCACCUCCCAUAAACAGCCCGUACGGCCUGCCCGGCCUCCCCGGGUAAACCUCGUUCACAUCACCCCCCACGCGCCGCACCCGCCGUGUAGCUGCGCCGCCUCCAGCGGGUCGUCGUACCCGACCCGCUCCGCCAGCCGGUUGCACCCGAUUAGAACCAGCGCCGCCACGAACCCGCAGAUCACCGCCGCCCACGGCUCCACCACCGAGCACCCGGCCGUGAUGGCCGCGAAACCCCCAAGGAGCCCGUUGCAGACGUCGGUCACGUUCCAGUGCCCCGACAGGAUUCGCUUCACGAAGAGGGUCGUCAGCGCCGCGGUGCAGCCGGCGAGCGUGGUCGUCACCGCUGUCCGCCCCACGGCCGACCAUUGCCCGUAG